CUUCUACCCGUAUCAGGAACUUUCCUCAAAAUGACGUGAUGACGUCAGACGAUAAAGUUGACGAAAUAUCGGUGGUUGAAUUGAAACACAGCAGAAAAUACUUGGGGGUAUACGUUGUAGAAGUGUUUCAUCCAAGCUUUUUUUGGAUACAUCUUCAAGAAAAUAAAAGAGAUUUUGAACAAAUGAUGGAUAAACUAUCGGAUUUUUACGAGUGUAACAAAAGUAAAUUUAUCAUUGCCAAACUUGCUUUGAAAAAGGACCUAAAUUGUGCGUGUAUUUACGGCAAUAGGUGGCAUCGAGCGAUCAUUAGGAGUGUACAGUCAGAUUUUAAAGUAACGGUAUUCUUUUAUGAUUACGGUACCAUGGAGACAUAUACAUCCGAGGAUAUAUAUUAUUUGCAUAAACAGUUUGCCUUUUUACCGGCUUAAGCAAUACCUUGCGGCUUAUUUAAGAUUAAACCAAGUGUUGGUGAUCACUGGAAAAGGAGCGUAGCUGAAAAAUUCUACGAAAAAGUUGAGGAUAUUUUUUUAACUGCAACCAUAAUUACUAUUGAUUCUGAGCACAAUUCCAUGAUGGUCAUUUUGACCGAUACAACCGAAGGAGAGGAUGUGCAUAUAAACGAUUAGUUAGUGAAUGAAAGACUAGCACAAGUGGGUAUGUCAGACGUGGUAUAUUAUAUGACCGCUGAUAAUAUCAAAUUUUCCAAGUCUAUUAGUAAAUUUAAUGUGGGAAACGACGUAAACCAUGUAAAUAAAUUACGAUGUAGAAAUAAUUUGAUUUCGCGUGCGAAGAGAACGCAUAAAGUAUCCACGGUAAAAAGCAAAGAUAUCGAAAAUACGACCGUCAAGUUCUUGUGUAACGUUCCAAGUAGCAAAAGAGUGUUUCUGCAAAAGAUAUGUAGUAAAUCGUUGGCGGCUAAAUCUUUACAUAACAACAAUUCUACAGCUAAGUCUCUAAAUGCCAAGUUUCCGGAUACCGAGGCUUUGGAUAUCAGAUCACAGUCGAGAAAUUAUCUGUAAAUUAGGCAGUCGAGGACAUCUACGAAAGUUCCAUUGUUGGAAAAAUUGAAAACGUUGAAUUUUAAUCGAAAAUUUGAUUUUGAACCGAGCACUUUCACAUCCGGCACAGAUGAAGAUAAUGCAAAACAAAUCGAUUCAAGUAGGAAAGUAAAAUUGCAAAAUAACGAUGAAAUAUAUAAUUUUUCCGAUUAUAUGGACUUUAGUAUAAGAGAUUCUGACGAUGAAAAUAAUGAUACGAAAGAUUUUCGCAUUAUAUCAUCAAACGACGAACAAUUUAAGGCAUCUAAUAAUACAAAAGAUUUUCGCAUUAUAUCAUCAAACGACGAACAAUCUAAGGCAUCUAACUGUAUAAAUAUAAAUAAUCACAUCAAGAUACACAACUUGGUUAAAAAAUCAAUGUCUAAGGAGUUGCCUAAAAAGUUAAUAUUAGAUGAAUCACAUAAUGAUUUCACAAUAAUUAAUUUUUUUGUCCAUAAAAACAGCGUUUCUUGCUUUUUCUAACGUUAUAAAUAAGUUUGAAAAAAAUUCACGCCACGAGACCAAAUAUCAUAUAUAUAUAUAUACAAUCAGUUUUCUUAUUAUCUUUUU